AUGGGAAUGGAGGUAAGCGAAUAAAAUGGACUUCUUUGCGUAGAAUUAGACACUGGUUCAAUAUUCUCAGGUUAUUCUGAAUAUAUUAAAGACUUUAAUGAUACUCUGGCUCAGAUAUAAUAUGAUUUAUCUAAAAAAUUAUAUCAAUCUGCAGAAACCUAAGCUUAGGUGGGUAUUAUGAAUUCCUAUGCAAAAGGAUAAUCAGUUUUGUAUUUAAGAGAUGGGUCAAUCAAGAAAUUUAGACUCCCUUAAAGUGAUAGUUUCGGUAUCUGUGAUAACUAUAAAUCACCUAGCUUCUUGACUUCAAUCUCAGACAAAUCUUGCUACUAAAAAUUCUAAGAUUUAAGUCAAGUUUGCACAUCAAUCUUUAAUCCAUAGCAAUUUAGUUCAACUAUUAACUUCCUAAGAGGUUCUUCAACUGGAAGCACAAGAUUUUCUAUCAGUGUCUCAAAAAUUUAUUAGAAAAAUUCAAUAACAGGAGAGAUCACAUAACUUGACUCUAAUGUUCCUUCUUCUACAUACGAUGCAGUAGCAUGCUCCUGUUCAAAUUAAUUACUUGAAGCGCAUUACACACUUCUUUAUACACCUACUUCGAACGGCUACUUUACAGCAAAUUCUAUGAGUGUGAUACUGGUAAUUGCAGAUAGCGCUCUUUAUGAUGUAAAGUAUUGUACACAAUCAUCAAUUGCCACAAAUUAGCCCAUUCUUGUAAAACAAAUUUUUAGCUUUGAAUUCUUGGUUUUCUAAACAACUAGUGGUCUUUAUAAAUCAGGCAAUCCAGGAUAUAUAAAAGGCCUACCACUUCUUGCUAGCUUUGGCUCUAGCGAUGGUAUUUAAUAAGUGAGAACUCAAGGAUUAAGACUAUAUUCAAAGAAUAAUCAAGGAUUAUGCUUUACAGCAGCAUCAACUAUCACAGAUUUUUAAACAGAUAGUGUUAAUUUUGGCUAAGAUUUAUCUCUGAGUUGCAAAGUGAAUUUAAAUGCUGCCCAGUUAAAAUCAUAUUGCUAAAAAGAUUACUCGACUCUAAGCUUCCAAAAGCCCAAUCUUAAAAUCUUUAGUCAAUUGUUGUCAGAGGUUAAAUCAAUCGGGGUAUUUGGAAGUGCAAAUCCAGCUUACUAAGGAGAUUGGAAAUCUAUUGUUUAUGAUGAUUUAUCAGGAUUCUAGUCAGACAUAACGAAUGACCAAUAAUACGAUGAAACUAUGAGUACAUGCAACUUAAUGGCAGGACUGGAAUUUGAAGUAUUAACUUCAAAGCUUGGAUUCCUUGAAGAUCCAUAAAAUUAUGUGAUUGGUGUGAGAGUAACAGGAAUUUACGACUAAUGGUCCUACAACUAAAUUGAUGCUACUACUGCACAGAGUUUCAGUCAUUUUGCCCGUGUCAAAUUCGUUGAAGCCUUGCCUGAAGAUUUAUUGUAAUAAAAUACACCAACUAGUGGUCUGUUACCGAAACUACCCUAUGAUUUGUUUUAUCCUCUAACAGUGCAAUCUGAUGCAGGUCAAGGAGAAUAUAUAAAAAUACAGGCAGUAUUAUUAGUAGCUGUCGGUUCAGUCUUAGCUCUUUUAAUAUUGUGA